UAUCAUUUGCCGAUUUGAUCAUCUUAACUUUCACUUGGCUCUUCACUAUGGCAUGAUUGUCCAAAAAUUUUGCGUGUUUCUCCUCUUCCUAAUAAACUUUCUCUUCAGCGCAAUGGGGAGGGAAUUCGGUUAGGCCAACGGUGUUGCCGAGCAUAGAUAAGCGGAACAAGGAAAAGUUGGAGCUUUUCUGAUAAAUGUUUAUCGUCCCGGUCUCCUACGAAACUAUAACAAAUCUCCUUAGCCAUCAUCGGAGUCCAAACAAUCCUUCGCCCUUGGUUUUUCUGGAAUAUGCGAUGGAUACCCGAUCGGAAAAUGAUGAUUCGAAGCUCUGAAGGAUUCGGCCAAAGGAAGAGGAAUUCUAGCCUGUGACAGACAGCAAGGUGAUCACUGAGUGAAGGCAUACGUGUGGCAACCUUCAGCGGCAGCCAACUAGCGGAGAAGGCGACAACGGUUUUGACGGUUUGAUCGCUAUAGUUUAUUUUGGAUCUGUCGUUUUGAUGCUAUUAGAGUUUAUUUUGGAUCUGGAACAUAUCACGUGAAUUGCACCAUGCAGCGGAUUCCAGUGACAGUUGAGGAACAGCUUAUUUUAAAAUCAAUUAAGGAGGAAUGCCCAUGGGAGAAUCUCCCCAAAAGGCUUCAAUCAACUAUUACUUCUAGAGAGGAAUGGCACAGAAGGAUAGUUGAACUUUGCAUAAAGAAAAGACAACAAUGGAAAACCUGUUUUGCUCGCAAAGUGUGCAAAGAAAGUGAUUAUUAUGACGAGAUGAUGCGUUACUUGCGAAAGAAUCUGGCGCUGUUCCCCUAUCACCUUGCAGAGUAUGUGUGCCGUGUGAUGAGGGUAUCACCUUUUAGAUAUUACUGUGAUAUGAUAUUCGAUGUCAUGAAAAGUGAGCAACCAUACGACAGCAUCCCAAAUUUUAGUGCUGCUGAUGCCUUGCGGCUUACAGGAAUUGGGAGAAAUGAAUUUAUUGAUAUCAUGAAUAAGUGCAGAUCUAAGAAAAUUAUGUGGAAGCUGAACAAAUCAAUUGCAAAAGAACUUUUACCUGCACAACCUGUAGACUUUGCAAUUGAACCAUGGUGGGGAGUCUGUCUUGUCAACUUUACCUUGGAAGAAUUUAAGAAACUCUCAGAAGAAGAGAUGGCAACAAUAGAUAAAGUUUGUAAGGAGGAAGUUAAUGCAUAUAUCUUAUUUGAUCCUGAGGUUGUAAAAGGUCUGUAUCGACGAGGAUUAAUAUACUUUGAUGUCCCUGUCUACUCUGAUGACCGUUUCAAAGUUUCCAGGCUUGAAGGGUUUGUUUCAAAUAGGGACCAGUCUUAUGAGGAUCCUAUCGAGGAGUUGCUCUAUGCAGUUUUUGUCGUUUCAAAUGAGAAUGCUACCGUUGCUGAACUGGCAACAACUUUGCAGGCUGAUCUUUCUCAGUUGCAGGCUGCUGCAUCCUUUGCUUGUCGACUGGGAUGGGCAGUGAAAUUGCUUGAUCCAGCAUCCAUUCUUCAAGAUAUAAAUAUAUCUGGCUCUCCUAAAACCACUCUCAGUGAUGAGGAAGACACUGCUCGUGCUAGUGUAAGCUCACAAAAUGUGUUUAAUGAUGGUGAUGCUGCUCAGCAAGGAGAUAUUUCAGGAAUUGAAAACUAUGGGAUGCUUUCCAAUCAUGCUCGUGUUGCUUUUAUUGUUGAUGCUAAUAUAACUUCCUAUUUAAUGAUGGGUUCUGUUUCACCAGGCUUGAAAUCUCAUGCUGUAACAUUAUAUGAGGCAGGGAAGUUAGGUCACGCUAGCAUUGCUGAUCUUUGCAAGGACCUGAGUACACUAGAGGGAACAAAAUUUGAGGGAGAAUUGCAGGAUUUUGCAAAUCAUGCCUUUAGUCUCCGUUGUGUCUUGGAAUGUCUACUAUCAGGUGGAAUUGCUACUGAUGCAAAAGUGGAGGUAGGUGGCAAUAAGAUGGAUAAAUUGGCUUCAAGCAAUGAAGAGGCUACUUCUUUGGUGGCUGACGUCCCAUCGACUAACGAAUCAGGGAACUUUGGUGCCAAUGAAGCUGAAGCAGACGUGGAUCAUUCCAUGGAUGCAGGAAUAUCUCAGGACGAUUGUUGUCUGGCUGAAUGUGUUACGGGAAGUACUGGUGAUAAAACACCUACUCUCUUAUCUGAGAACGGUAAUUCCAUAAGCAUGGCCUCUAAGUCAGGCCUAAAUGUCCAGAAUGAUGAAAAACUCAUUCCCGUUGAAGGAUAUGAUAUUGGAAGAGGAACUUCAAGGAGGAAAAGGAAAUAUCGUGUGGAUAUUCUCCGCUGUGAAAGCUUGGCUGCUUUAUCACCAGCAACUUUAGAUAGGGUAUUUCUUCGUGAUUAUGAUAUCGUCGUGUCUAUAAUCCCACUUCCUCCUUCUUCAGUUCUUCCUGGACCGAAAGGGCCCAUCCAUUUUGGUCCUCCUUGUCAUUCGUCUUUGACACCAUGGAUGAAAUUGGUCCUAUAUUCAACUGUGCGUAGUGGACCUUUGACAGUUGUUUUGAUGAAAGGACAAUGUUUACGUUUGCUUCCUGCACCAUUGGCUGGUUGUGAAAAAGCCCUUGUAUGGUCCUGGGAUGGUUCUGCAAUUGGGGGAUUAGGAGGCAAAUCUGAAGGAAAUUUGGUUAAGGGAGGUGUAAUUCUACAUUGUUUAAAUUCACUUCUUAAAUAUUCCGCUGUCCUCGUUCAGCCUCUCAGUAGAUAUGACCUUGAUGAAUCUGGAAGAGUCAUUACUAUGGAUGCACCAUUGCCCCUCAAUAACUCUGAUGGUUCAAUUGCUCGCAUAGAGAAUGAAUUAGUUCUAUCUGAAGAUGAGAGAGUGAAAUUGAACUCCCUGUUAACCCAGUUGACAAAGAAGAUGGGAUUGUCGACAAUUGGUUAUAUUCGAUUGUUGAAGCUUUUCAAUAUAAAAGAGUCAGACCACUUUGCACCUGAUGAUCAGAGUUAUGAAUGGGUACCACUAAGUGUGGAAUUUGGGAUGCCACUUUUUAGUCCAAAAUUAUGUAAUAAUAUAUGUAAAAGAGUUGUAUCGUCUGACUUGCUUCAGUCAGAUUCUUUUACUGGACAUCAUGAUGCAAUGCAAGGCCUGCGGAAGAAGUUGCGUGAAGUCUGUGCAGAGUAUCAAGCAACAGGUCCUGCUGCCAAACUUCUUUACCAGAAAGAGCAGUCAAAGGACUCAUCUCCGCAUCUUAUCAACUAUGCCAGUGGAAGAUGGAAUCCCCUUACGGAACCAUCUUCCCCCAUUACUGGAGCCACGAGUGAGCAUCAGAGAUUAAAACUUGCUAAUCGGUAUCGUUGUAGUACAGAAGUUCUGAGUUUUGAUGGUAGCAUACUAAGGUCGUAUGCUCUAAGUCCUGUGUGUGAGGUUGCCACAAGGCCUAUUGAAGAAACCCCACUGGUGAAUACAACAAAAGCCGAUUUUGCUGAAAUUGAUAGUAAAGAAGUGAUUCUUCCAGGUGUCAAUCUUAUUUUUGAUGGUUCUGAACUGCACCCCUUUGAUAUAGGUGCUUGCCUGCAGGCUCGGCAACCAAUUUCCUUGAUUGCAGAGGCUGCAGCAGCUUCAGCUUCUGGUGCAAUUAAAUAGAGCUCUUUCUGCAAUAAUUCUGCUUGAGUUGGAUAGAUAGAAGACUCUGUCUGCAUACAAAAAAUGAAAGUUGUGAAACACUAGAUCACUCAUACCAGCUUUAUUAUGACUGUUUGGUUCACCUGUUGGUUCUUUGAGAUUGCUUAUUAUGCACAGGUGGUAGCAUUUAAGGCUUUGGCUGAAGCUCUAAUGCUAGGAUGCAAAGCAAGACAUCAAAAAGAGAAGGAUGAUGGUUCUUGUGAAUGUAUCUUCCAUUCCAUGCCUGAAAGGUGGCAGGAAGAGUCUAUUUUGCAGCGCAAUACGGAGGAAACUGCAAGAUAUUCAAUUUCUUGGAAGGUCUAAUUAUGAAGCAAAACUUCAUAUAAAUUUUGGUUUUAUGAUUUCUAGUAGCAUACAUAUAGAAGGGGGGAAUUUUGGGUCUGAAACAGUGAAAAAAUGAUAAAAUGAACGUGUAUUCUUUGCUGAAAUUUUGUUAUAGUCAGAUGAUAAAUCAAAUUUGUUUCUUCCAUUAUGUUUGAAGAGCUGGUGAGAG